AGUCCACCGCCAGAGCACACUGCCGGUGCCUGCUCCCAUUUCCUGGCCCUUUCGCAGAGCCUCCUACGACGGAAUCUGGUACACCACCUGGAGGAUCUUCAGGAGGCCGUCGCGCAAAAACGCCUGGCACACGGCCUGAUACCGCAGGUUCUGCGACAAAUUGCUGAACCCUCCUCGGUUGAGGAGGCCCUGCGUUUCACGCAAACUCGGAGUAGUUCGCCGCCGCGGCUGGUUACUUCGGCGGCUCUGAAGAUGGUGAAUCAGUGCAAUGCGGUCAUUACGGUGGAAAUGGAACCUGAGGAGUGUCACUUAAACUCCACUAACACUGACGUUGGCAGUGCUUUGGCCAGUCACUCUUGUCCGCCGGAAUCGAACCAACAGCGACAACAGCCGCGGUAA